GGCGAACAAUCCCGUCGCCGGCAACAACUUCUUGUUUCCGCAGGGUCAACCAUAAGUAAUGCGUUCAAAGCUUUAGUACUACAGUGGCACUACGUAUUCUGAUAUAUACUGGUUGAGGCAUAUCUAUCAAAAUAUCAGCCAACUUAUGGACAAGGAUCACUUGCACGUUCAGUUUCAAACUGAUAGCCACGGGCGAAUAUAUCAUAUGGAUAAGGAAGGCUAUGUUGAGGUUCCGAGAGCUGAAGUUAAGACCUCUAUCCGAAAAUCACCGCGUUUACAAAGCAAAGAGAAAUUAUCACCAUGCUUGCCAGAGGCUUAUAAGUAUACAGUUAAAUCUUCCGUUUCUGAGUGCAAGAUUCAGGAAGAAAAUAGACCUUUAUUUCAACAUAAAAAUGGUAAUAGUGGUGUAUUUUCAUCUCACACUGCCUCCAUGAAAUCUUCUACAGUAGUGCCAUUUUUUAAAUAUCAAGUUCAUGCAAAAGAUGGGAUUCAGCUUGUUGUUGAUCUGAAUGUUAAACAAUCCGAUUGGUUGAAAAGUAUGGAAAAAGAAGUUUGUACACGCCAAAAUAAUCUGAAGCCUGGAUGUGAAAGCUUCCGGAAGGAGGUUGAAUGUUUAGGAUAUAGAAACAAUCUCAAGUUCAGCUCACCUGGCACUACCACUUUGGAUACUAGCGUUUCUGUUGAAAACAAAUUUUCACAUAACCUAACAAGUAUGAAAACAGGGAAAUCUCUGACUUCAGCUAUUGAAAAGGAAGUAACUAAUGUAAGCGGUUGUUUGUCAAAGGUUGACCAGAGAUCAGAGCUUGUAACUGAAAGUUCAAAAGUACAUGAGAUUGGCAGUCCUGAAGCAGAAUGUCCAGAAAUUGUAGUGUUUACCUCCGAGCAAGUUCAGUUUCCAGACUUUUCAAAACACCACAAAGGCUCGGUAUGUUCUACAACCGGAAAGAUAUGUUCUGAAGCUUUGUUAACCAGCAAUGCUGAGGUUGAUCAAGUAACAUGUGAUAAUCACAGGCAUUCAAAGGAAAGUACUAAUUCUGCUGAAGGAAUGCAAGUUUCUGGCAGAGACGAGAUGGUAUUUGUGACAUCAGCAUCUAAUGAUGGGCCUAAAAGAAAGAAAUGUGACUACGAAAGCAAUAACAUUCAUGGUCAGUCCCAUGCAAGACGUUUGAGAAGCACAAAACUUUAUGGUGGGCAAAUCUUUGAAAGCGGUGGAUGUCUAAUUCGGCGAUCCUCACGUCUACUUUCUUAGGUUUUUUCAUUUCUUGUGAGGAGGCUACAUUUAUAGAUAACAAUCUUUGCAGAUAUAUACUCAUGCUCCAGGCUUUUACACACACUGUAGAUGGAAUUUAUUGAAUUUUUGAUGCUCAACUUAUAUUAGAGUGUUUUGUUACACCCUGAAUGAUAAUGGCAUGUUUCAUACUUUCAUCGCUUUUUUAAUGA